UCUAUUGGAAACGGUUACCGAAACGGGAUUCGCAAUCACGACAUUCCACAAGAAGCACGCCCACAAUGACGACCUCCCCCUUUCCCAACUACUGGACGCUGUUUGUGGCCUUGUGCGUGCUCACGAUGCUGGGACUGUGUACCUCCGCGCCCCUCGACACAUUUUACUCACUGGAAGACACCGCAGCCCUCGCUACACCACAGCGAGCACAGCUACUCAAAGAUCUCCGAGAGGCACUUGCAAUUACGGAGGAGAAACAGUACGUCAAGUCGUUCGAGGACUCAGACGCUGAAAACGGCAUCGUGCGCGUUUUGCCUCAGAAGAGAUUCAGUCCAUUCAGAACGCAGACACGUGGAGGUGGUGUUGCCCUCUGUCUAUGGAAGGUGUGUCCGGCCGCGCCCUGGCUGGUUGCCCGCCGGCGCUAGUAACUCGCUCAGUCGUCAUCCUGCAGGCCGGGAACCACGCGGCUAUUUAAAUACAUGUAGUAUCAUAUCAUUCGGCUGCAACUUCUUUCAUACGGACAUCUAUUGGUAUGGUAUUGGCACCAAUUACCGUGAAAUCAAUCAAAUUAGAACGACAGCGGUCCUUUGGGAUUGACAUUCGAAAUUCACCAAAGGUCGACCAUAGUGAGAACAAUUCAAUUUAUUAUUUC